AUCAGUCAGUCACUUGAUAAACAGCGUGAGAGGUGGUUGUGUUCUCGUCGCGCGUGCCCGACAUUCACGCGUACAACUGGGUCACGAGGUCUGUUUACGUGUUGACAAGGAAAUCUGAUUUACUCAGUGUGGUGAAUGAUUAUAGUGACUGUGGUUACAAAUAUUUAGUGUAAUAACAAAACGGCGGCGCUUUUGAUGUGUACGUGAUGUGUGCGUGAGCGCAGCGCAUGACGUGCUACGAAACGUUGAGAGCUUCGGCACCCGCGGCGGACGCCCCCAUGGCGCACCACUUCGUCAAGUGGUGGCGCAACAAGUUUAGAAAUGGAUAUAAGAAAUUUAGCAUUGGAACAGAAAGUGAGCGCACGGAUACAGAGGAAUUGGUCGGGAGGGCCGCUUCCCAAUGCUCGGCACCUCCAGAUUUGUUGCCAAGUGAAGCGCGCGCCCUCCUCCAGCCUGCCACUCCGCCUCCAGUACCAGUGAGGAACUCUGAACCUUGCUCAAAGAGAAUAUCAUCGCCCGUGCAGAAUGCGGACUGCAAUGAAAAUAAACAGCCAAGACUCCGCUUCGAGGAGUUAACUUGUGACGUUGAGCUGCAACAUCCGCAAUCUUCAAAACAACAACCGCUACAGUUUUCCUUUACGCUGUAUGAUCUUGAUGGGCAUGGACGGAUGACUAAAGAUGAUAUAGCUGGAAUUGUAUCCACAAUAUAUGAAUCCCUUGGAAAGUCUGUCACAGUUCCUCAUUAUGGAUCUAAAACUAUACAAGUACGAUUGACAGUAGUCCCUGAAGAUGGACAACCUCGCAGUCAAAGGGAGAAAAGGGACGCCAGACGAAGACGGCGACGCGAACAAGCAACGGUUAACACGAGCGCUCCCCCAGAUUGUGCCGAACAUAGUGAGGAAGAACAGCAUGAAAGAUUAUCACAUGAGGAAGAUGCGUCAUCAAAGUCGUCAUGUUCGGAUCGAAAGCCCCCUCCGCAAAGGCCUGCACCCAUUUUACGGCAGAGACAUCACCGACAUCCGCGGAGAGAACAUCGAGAACGCAAAUAUACAAAGAAACGUUCGGGGAGUCUACAGAGGCGCGAAUUACUGGAAAUCAUUCAGGCCAAUAUGGAAAAAAAUCACCUGAGUUUUCAAGCAUCAAGAAAGCCCAGCGAUCCAUCCGCCUAUGAAGACGACAUUAGUAGUAAAUAUCAGAAGAUUCGAAACAGAUCUCAUACUGUGAAUGAAAAAUCUCAUACUUAUCAUAAAGUGAAAACAGAAAACACAGGAAAUGGAUAUUUGGAUCUUGCUAGUGGUGGCGAUUCAAACUUGUGCAGAUACGAUAGAUAUUUGCAUGCCGUUAUAUGUUCUUCAGCGAAACAUGCACAUACGGGUUAUCAUCAAAAGCAAACUGCACCGUCACGACACACGCGCGCGUCCCAUCCUGCGAACCCGCGGUCUCGCUCCCACGACCUUUCCUCACAGACGCAGCAACCGAGAGUACUCCAAAUAAUAUUCUUAUAGAACUCAAUAAAGGGCGAGCUAUAAACAGCUCUGUCCUUUCGUGUUAUCAGUGAAUCGGACAAUUGUGGUUACCAAGUAGGUAUUAUGAAGUAUUGUCGAAGUUACUUGUGUGAAAAGAAAUAUGACAAUCUUUUUGUGAGUUAUGACAACAAUAAUAAAUUAAGAAAAUCAAUUAGCAUUCCACAUGAUUACUUCACUUAUAGCUGUAGCUUUAGUAUUUAUUUAACUGAUAGACUCAAAUAAGGUCUGUAUUUAUUACAAAUUAACAAUUGUACUAAAUUAAAAUGUACAUUGAAAGUUGCUAGAAUGUUAGCUUCUCUUGAAAAGUUAUUUAUUUUUUGAGCAUUUAAGAAAAGUGCCUUAUAAUCAUUGGUCUUUCUUCACGAAUGUCAUCAUAAUGUAUUUUUUAGUAUUAAGAUUUUAAAGCAGUAUAAAUGCAAUGCUCAUUUGAAUAAUGGUGGCCAUACACCAUACUUCCUAUCGUCCAUUCGGCAUGACGCUACCGAUUGGAUCAGUUAGAACUGACCGUGUGUGGGAAUAGAUUGGCAUUAUUUGGCAUGAUAGUUAUACUUGACGGAACAAUCGAAUUUCGAUUCUUUUAGCUUGAUCAUUGCGAUUGAAUCAUGUCGAUUGGACCGUGUAUGGCGGUAUGCGAUCAUCACUUCAGUCUGGUCAAGAUUUUUCGUCCAAGCUAAAUAAAGCAUAGGCGCUUCGCUCGCUUGGUCGAUAAAUAUGAACGUAUAUGGAUGUUUAGAUGUCAACGGUUACGGAUUUGGAUAAGAUUUGUUUGGGAGAUAGAUGAAGUACCAGAUUACUUAACACAUUGGGUACUUCUCAUUAAAAAGGUAUAUAUAUAACAACAAUCUUCCCGGCAUACAAUCCUUUUUUUGUUUCAUUUUUACGAAUAAAACGCCCAAAACGGCUAAAACAUCGUCGUCUGUCACCGGUGACGCCAUGGCUUCAACUGAACGUUGCUGCCGAUUGGACAAUUCAAACGUUGUGUGUGUGGUCUCUAUGGACAAACUGCAGAUUGGAUCAAGCUGCAGCGUCAUGCCGAUUGGACGAUAGAAAGUAUGGUGUAUGGCCAGCAUUAUGUACUUUUUGUAUACUUGUAUUAUAAGACUCGUUUAAGAGUUAUAGACUGACUUUAGUUAUAGGUGUUAGGUGCUUUAUUAGAGAUGUGUAAAUUAUUGUUAAAAUUUGUUACAUUACUGUAUGUACUUAAAGCUGCUCUCUUUACUAACUAAUUAUUGAAUCAUAAUGUAAAAAAGCAGCAUAUUUAAAUAUUACUAUUACCAUUAUCAGUAUUCAUUCUUGUUAAGAAUCUCAUUUCUAAAACUUUCAUCUACCUCUAAUUUUUAAUAGAUAAUUAAGAUUAAUUUAUUAUAAUUCCUUAGAAGAGUCCUAAAACGUUUUGUUAGCUGUAUUUGUGAUAAAAAACGGUGAAAUAAAGUUAUGUAAAUUAACAUCAAAUUGUCAAUUUUGUAAACCAUACAUGUAAAAGUGUUUAAGUGCUUGAUCUUGUCAAAAAUAUUUAUUGUCGAUAUAGAAAAUUAAUUGAA